GUCUUAGAUUUCUCACCACCUUCGACUUAAUCAACAGAGUGUCUUCUCCUAUAUAUAUCAUUGUACUACGAACGAUCGACCAACGAAACAGAUCCGACGAGAAUAUGUGUAAUUUAAUUUUCUCUCUCUAUAUAUGUUGCUCCCAUCCCGAGGCGGAACUUAAUUCAGAUCAAAGAAUCAAACAAUGUAUCGACUUUGACCGCGUGAUGUACAUUCACUAUAGUUAUGGUUGGGAAAACCAGGCACCGUCAAAGUCUUUGCGUUUGAAGUUGGUGCACAAAUGACUCAGAAGCAAGCACAAAUGGACUUGGAAGCGCGGGGGUUUGUUUACACAGCAAGUCAACGUCCAGAUAUACCAGUACAUUGACCAACCCAUGCAUACACAGACACAGUACAGUCUACCACGAUCAGUUAAUGCUAGCUGCUCAACUCAAUGAUUUAAUUUGCACAUCUCAUUACAAUAAACCCAACAACCACAACUUGAUCCACUCAACUAUAUAUAUUCUUCUUCUAUCUUUCAGUUGCAUUCACAUGAUCAAACCCGGCCCAUUCAUUUUUUUUUUGGUCUUCUUCUACAUGACUCUGCAUAAUAAUAUCCUAGGGUGUUGACUGUUGAUGGAGAUUUUCCCCCCUUCAAAUUAAGCUGCCCGGCCGGCUGCUUGUAAUUGCUUUUGCUUGCACAUCGGUUAAUUAAUUAGGUCCUCCUAACUUGUGUAUACAACUUAACUACUCGUGUUAGGCCUUGGGUCUUAAUCUAUGAUUGCUUGAUCUCAAGCGACAUAUAGGUAACUGUCAAUACUAGCUACUUCAUUCAAACCGGUGAACACACUUAUUGGGACAUAUUAACUCAAUUAUGACUAAAUAAUAAUAACACACGGCGUUCAAUCUAUUAUUAAGAAUUUUCACGAGUAAUCUCAGUUUGGACUAUUUUAACAAUAAUGACUUGAUCUAAUGAUAAUACCAAUAAAUUUGAAUAUGGUGUCUCAGAUUCGAAUCCGUUAAAUAGUACCUAAACGCAAAAAGUAAAUUAACCUAUAUAACAGACAGUAUAGUGUUUGGACUAUUUUUGCAAGUGUUAGAUUGUAUCAAUAGAGUGACAUGGACUUGCUAGUGACGGGUAGGUGAAUUGUUCUCCCACUUGAUGUGAAUUGAUGUACGUACUCUACAAUGUAUGUAUCCUUGUCCGCUUGUCCCCUAGUUCAUCAUGAUUAAGGAUGCAAUAACAUUAACAAUGACUUAAAGAGAACAACUAGCUGGGGAAUUAACACUUUUAAAUAAGGGUUUCACAAAAAAAAAACACUUUUAAAUAAGGGAGCAAAAAAAAAAAAGCCAAAUCGGGAAGCAUAAUAUACAAUGAUAAUAACGGAGAAAUGAAAUGAAAUUACAUUAACGACGCACGUCCUCAGUUCUCUAUUUAGCUUGCAUGUGCAUGUUGCUGACGUAUGUGAAUCAACAAAAGCAGGCUCCUAAGUGAAUUGGGCCUGGCUUUAUAUUAAGUACAUAGUUGGCCCAAAGCCAACUCUUUUAGUUUCUGAAUAGCUUGGACCUGACAGUAAUCAGCUCUCGGUACCAAGUCAGGCCCAAAUCUGUUUCCUUCUCUCUAAUUUCCUUUUCUUCUCCUUGAAAAUCAGGCUCGCGGAAAAUUUUCAUAUUUCCUACUUCAUUCAUCCCGAAGAACUGAGGAAAGAAACUCCGCAUAGUUUCGCGCUUCUUUCGCCGUCUUCCUCAGUUGCUCCGAAGAAAUUUCCGGCGAACCCGUCCAGCUUCGUAGAUGGACAUGGCGGAUUCAAUUCACAGAAGCAGCGUCUUCUCACGGCUUAAACCCUACUGCCUAGAGCUCUUCGAGCUUCUCCAGAACCCUAGCAAUCACAAUUCCUCCGCGAUUCCUUCACUGCUCGAAUUCCUCCGCGCUUGUUCCUCUACUGAUUUACAGCCUUUCGUUGACUACGCCUCUUUCCCACUGCUGCUCCUGCUCGAUGCGGCGGUCGAAUGCCGAUCUUCCAAGGAGGGUGAUCCUGAGCAGAAGAGGAAGAAGCUGUCUGCAGUGCCGCAUAGAGUGAGUGACAAAGUGGCAGAAGGCGUGGUGCUGUGCUUGGAAGAGCUUUUCCAGAAGAGUCGCUUUGGGUUUAUCGAUCAGAUGGUUCUAGUGAUGAAGAAAUUGACUCACGCAGCUAUGUUGUCUCCAUUGGAAGCUUCGGAAGAGUUUCGAGAGGGAGUGAUCAGGUGUUUCGGGGCUGUACUUAGAGGUUUACGUCCUUGUGCGGAUGAAGCUUGUUCGUGUAGGCAAACUUAUGGUGUGCCGGCAUUGGUAGAGAAUGGGGACGUUCAUUCGUUGGCUCUACGCCAGCCUUUGAGUUAUGAUACAGAAGGAAGUGAAUGUUUGAUUGCAUUUCUCCAGUCCCAUAAUGCAGCAGCUGCAAUUGGACACUGGUUCUCGCUUCUUCUGCAGGCUGCAGACACUGAGGCUGCACGAGGACAUAGGGGCAGUGCAAGGCUCCGAGUAGAAGCCUUUUCUACAUUAAGGGUGCUUGUUGCUAAGGUAGGUACUGCAGAUGUAUUGGCUUUCUUUUUACCUGGUGUCGUCAGUAAAUUCUCGAAAGUUUUGCACUCCUCAAAAACGAUGAUGAGUGGAGCAGCUGGAAGCAUGGAUGCAACUGACCAAGCAAUUAGAGCCCUGGCUGAGUAUCUAAUGAUAGUCCUGGACGACGACUCCAAUUUAACCUCCAGUACGUCUCUGAAUUCCACGGUGGACUCAGGUCCAGACAGUAAUGACUCUGUGGAGUCAGUUUUGGAUCAGCUUCGCCAAUUACCUAUCAGCACUCAGGGGGGUGUGAAGAAUAUGACUGACGAGUCGAUGGGUGAAGCAGACAACUCAGUCGCUUGUCGGUCUGACUUUGAAAUGACUGGGGCUAUGAAAAGAAGGAAGGCCUCAGGAUCUUUGCACGUUGAGCGAACAACAGAUUGGUUACAGCAAACUUCCGCAAAUGUGGUUAAAUUGUUGAAUUCCACAUUUCCACAAAUUUGUGUUCAUCCAGCUAAAAGGUUGAGACGGGGACUGCUGGCUGCCAUAACAGCAAUGCUAUCAAGGUGCAGUUCUACUUUGAAGGAAAGUAGGUUGAUGCUAUUGGAGUGCCUCUUUGUCUUGGUUGUUGAUGACUCUGAAGAUAUUGCUGCAGCUUCCCAGGAGUUUCUUCAUCUAUUAUUUUCCACACCAUGUGGAAAGCACUCUCUAAAAACUGAUAUAGCUCAGAUUUUUGCAAGGCUCAUCGACAAGCUUCCAAAAGUAGUACUUGGAGGUGAGGAGUCGGCUGCUCUCUUCCAUGCACAGCAGUUACUUGUUGUCAUUUAUUAUUCUGGUCCCGAGUAUAUGUUGGAUCACCUCCAAAAUCCGGUGACUGCAGCAAGACUCUUGGAUGUUUUUGCCCUCUGUUUGAGUCAGAAUUCCGUAUAUACAGGCACUCUGGAUAAGCUUAUGUCGACACGCACAUCCUCGAUUAGUUUUCUUCCGUCUAUUUUGGAGUUAAGAGGUGGUCCUGUUUCUUCUAGUUACCAGAAUCUUAAGGAUAAUUCUCGUGCUAAUGUGUCCAAUAUGAGUGUUAGUGAUGGGAAAAAAUUGGAGUACUCUUCUGAAACUCUGAAGAAUAGUUAUGAGCUUCCACGAAUGCCACCUUGGUUUGUCCAUGUUGGCAGUAAGAAGCUAUACGAUGCUCUAGCUGCAGUUCUCAGACUAAUAGGCUUAUCCUUACUAGCAGACCACAAUGAAGGACAUAUGGCAGUGAUAACAGACAUACCGCUAGGUCAUAUACGCAGAUUGGUUUCUGAGGUUCGCUCCAAGGAUUACACCAAUGAGAGCUGGCAGUCCUGGUGUAAUAGAAGUGGGUCUGGAAAAUUAAUACGCCAGGCCAGCACUUCCGCAUGCAUUCUAAAUGAGAUGAUAUUUGGUAUAUCUGAUAAAGCAGUUGAUGGUGUUACUAUGAUGUUUCAGAAGUCCAGGGUGAAGGGAGAAAGUAUGGUCUCUAUUUGGAAGGCUUCACAGAAAAAGGUCACCAAGAGUCACUUGAUCGAUUGCGUUGGAAGAAUUUUGCAUGAGUAUCUAUCUUCUGAAUUGUGGGUUCUACCGGUAGAUCAUGGAGAUUUAGUGGUACAAAAUGAUACAGAUGUUGAAAUAAGCUUGCACUUCUUCCGAGAUGCAGCUGCACUACAACAAGUUGCUAUUGACGGAGUAGGCAUCUUUGCUACCUGCAUUGGAAAUGAGUUCUCGUUGUGUGGGUUUCUUCAUUCCACUCUUUAUCUGUUGCUUGAAAACGUUAUUUCUGCUGAUAACCAAGUUAGAACUGCUUCUGAUGCUGUCCUGCAUAUUCUUGCUGCUUCAUGCGGGCAUUCAACGGUUGGAGACUUGGUCUUGACAAAUGCAGAUUAUGUCGUUGAUUCAAUAUGUCGGCAAUUGCGUCACUUAAAUCUUAAUCCACAAGUACCGAACGUGCUUGCUUCUAUGCUUUCCUAUAUUGGUGUGGCUCAUAAGGUGCUGUCUCUUCUAGAAGAAACGAUGUGUGCUGUUUCAAGGGAACUAGAGAUUCUUGGCAGACAUCAACACCCAAAACUGACCACUCCCUUCCUAAAGGCCAUAGCAGAAAUUGCCAAGGCAUCAAAAUCCGAGACUUCUUCAUUGCCAAGUAAUGCAGAAUUGUACCUUGAGGAUGUUAAGUCCAAAUCAUCAAGGUUGGAGAAGAAAGCAAGGGCUGAAUCCAGCCACAAACCAGAUGGCAAGUCUGAUAGUUGCCAAGGAGAAUCAGAACAAUGGGUGAGUAUUGUCUUCAAGUGGAGCGAAUCCAAAAGGUACAGACGAACAGUUGGGUCUAUUGCUGCGUCAUGCUUAUCGGCUGCAACCCCUCUUCUUGCCUCAAUGGAGCAGACAGCAUGCCUUGUGGCAUUGGAUAUAGUCCAGGACAGCAUUGCAUCACUAGCGAAAGUGGAAGAAGCCUAUCAGUACGAGCAAGAAACCAAGGAAUUAAUUGAAGAAGUGGUGCGAUCUUACUCUAUUUAUGAGCUUCAUGAUACUAUGGAUGCUGCCGAUGAGGGGACUGAUGAGAACAGAUUGCUUCCAGCUAUGAAUAAAAUAUGGCCGUACUUGAUUUCAUGCGUUCGUAACAGAAAUCCUGUGGCAGUAAGGAAAUGCGCAAGUGUGAUAGCCAACGUGGUGCAAAUAUGCGGAGGUGACUUCUUCUCACGCAGGUUCCACACAGACGGUCCAUGCUUAUGGAAGCUCCUCUCCUCAUCCCCGUUCCAGAAGAAGCCCGUCAAAGAAGAACGAACACCGCUGCUCCUUCCUUACAGAAGCAAUCCUUCCACAGACGAGUCAUCCUCCGUGGCAGAGGUCUCAAACCUGAAGGUCCAGGUGGCGCUGCUCAACAUGAUCUCCGACCUGGCACGGAACAAGAGGAGCUCCACGGCGCUGGAGGUAGUCCUGAAGAAGGUCAGCGGUCUAGUGGUGGGAAUAGCUUGCAGCGGCGUGGCAGGGCUCCACGAUGCCUCGAUCAGUGCCCUUCAUGGACUUGCGUUGAUGGACCCUGAUCUUAUAUGGCUUCUGGUGGCCGAUGUCUAUUACUCUGUCAAGAAGGAAGGAGAAGUUAUUCCUCCGCCUGGAUCAGAUUUUCCGCAGUUGUCUCGGCUAUUGCCCCCACCGGAGAAACCCAAGGAUUAUCUCUAUGUGCAGUAUGGAGGACAGAGUUAUGGGUUUGGGAUAAACUUGGCUUCGGUGGAGAAAGUGUUCUUGAAACUACAUUCCCUGGCUUUUCCUGACCAGCUGUAUUUAUGACUUUUGAAAAUGAUGUGCAUGUAAAUAACUAAAUGUUAGUUCAUCCUAUGUACUAUUUAGUUGCGUGAAAGAUGAAAAUGAAGGAUAUGAUUAGUUACGUUGAGAGGUCUAAAUCGUCUAUUACAGAAGUAGAAAGUUGAGUCUUCGCGACAGUGAGCCCCAGGGCAGAAAUACAACGAGAUAUCACAGCAUCAAAUGCUUACUAUGGACAGGGUUGAAGCCGAAACUGAGAAUCCUACAUGACUUAACCAGAACUUGGGAAUGGCGUCCUUCUCAAUGGAACGGCUCGCGUUCCCGUUGCUGUCAUCGAGCAAAAUCGAAGCAUCGCAGCCCUGGAAAUGACGAACAAGUUGCAGAGAUCUUAGAAACUGCCAUUAACAUCAAGAUACAACGAAUCUACCGAGACUAAAUAAAUGCAGCAAUGGCGG